AUGACUUUAAGAUCAGAAAAUUCUAUAAUUUCUCUUUGUACAUACCAACCACGUCUAUUAUUGAUGGGACUACGAAGAAGUGGAAAAUCGAGUAUCAGAAGAGUCAUGCCUCCAAAUGAGACACUUUUUCUUGAGUCAACAAACAGAAUUAAUAAAGAUGAAGUUAAUUCAUUUAUUGAUUUUCAAGUAUGGGAUUUUCCUGGACAAAUUGAUUUUUUUGAUUCAGCGUUUGAUCUUGAUGCUAUAUUUGGCAAAGUAGGUGCAUUGAUAUUUGUUAUUGACUCCCAAGAUGAGUAUUUGGAAGCGCUUACUAAAUUACAUAUUACAAUUAUAAAAGCAUUAACUGUUAAUCCAAAUAUAAAUAUAGAAGUAUUUAUUCAUAAAGCAGAUACGCUUUCUGAUGACUAUAAAAUUGAUACACAAAGAGAUAUACAACAAAGAGCAUUUGAUGAACUUUCAGAUUCAGGACUUGACAAUAUAUCUGUUUCAUUUCAUUUGACUUCAAUAUUUGAUUAUUCUAUUUUUGAAGCAUUUUCCAAAGUUAUUCAGAAACUCAUUCCUCAAUUGCCAACAUUAGAAAAUCUUCUUAAUAUUUUUUGUUCAAAUUCUGUUAUUGAAAAAGCAUAUUUAUUUGAUAUAUCAUCUAAAAUUUAUAUUGCUACAGACAGUUCUCCUGUAGAUGUACAAAGUUAUGAAAUCUGCUCAGAUUAUAUCGAUGUAAUUUUAGACGUCUCUGAAAUCUAUGGAUAUGAACGCAAAAAUAGUUUAAAUAAUAAAAAUACUACAGAUGAAACAGAAAUAUCAUCUAUAAUUCGCCUCAGUAAUGGAAUGGCGCUUUAUUUUCAAGAAUUAAACAGAUAUCUUGCUCUUGUUUGUCUUAUACGUACAGAAAAUCUAGAAAAACACAGCUUACUUGAAUAUAAUAUACAAUGCUUUAGUAAAGCUAUUAAACAAAUUAUGUACCAAAUAGCAUAUACGUGCUCUUAA